AUUUUGAUCAGUUAAAUUGUUUGAGGACUUUUUUACCUCAAUCUAAGUAUGGCUGGGCGUUUCCAUCCUAUUUGACUGGAAAGGUGAUACAUGAUUUGUUGCCGAGAUUAAAACGCUUGAGAGUAUUAUCUUUGUCUUGUUAUGACAAUGUCAAUGAGUUGCCUGAUUCAAUUGGUGAUUUGCAGCAUUUGAGAUAUCUUGACCUUUCCUACACUCCAAUUAGAAGGUUGCCUGAUGCAUUUUUUAAACUUCACAAUCUGCAAACCUUGCUUUUAUCAUAUUGUAGGAAUUUCAUUGAAUUGCCAGAAAAGAUAAAAAAUCUUAUUAAUCUACGUCACCUAGACAUUAGCGGCACAGCUUUGGAAGAGAUGCCAACACAAAUUACAGAAUUACAAAAUCUUCAAAGUUUGAGUAGCUUUAUGGUGGGCAAACUAUCAAAUGGAUUAGGAAUUAAAGAGUUAAACAAACUUCCUCAUCUGCAAGGUAAACUUUCCAUUUUGAAGCUACAAAAUGUUGUGGAUUCAGAGGAUGCUUUAGAUGCAAACUUGAGGAGGAGAGAGAAAAUUGAGGAUUUAGUGUUAAAAUGGGACGGUGAUGAUACUCAAGAUUCACAGAUUGUGAAAAUGUUACUUGACAUGCUUCAACCUUCAACAAAUUUACAAAGACUGACGAUAGACUAUUAUGGUGGCACUAGUUUUCCAAAGUGGGUGGGUGAUUCUUCAUUUACAUAUAUUACCUUUUUAUCUGUCAGUAACUGCAAAUAUUGCUUUUCACUCCCACCGUUUGGACAAUUACCUUCUCUCAAAGAGCUCUUGAUUAGAAGAAUGGGAUUAGUACAGAUAAUUGGGCGUGAGUUCUACUACAACAGAGUUCAGCCCUCUUCAUUUCAACCAUUUCCAUUAUUGGAAAUUCUGGAAUUUGAAGAUAUGCCAGUUUGGGAGGAGUGGAUACCAUUUGAAGGUGAAGCUGCCAAAUUCCCUUUUCCUCAUCUUAGACAACUGCGUUUAUCUUAUUGUCCUAUGUUGAGGGGAGACAUGCCUGUGAAACUACCAUCAUUGACAAAGGUUUAUAUAUCUAAUUGUGAACAGUUGGAGGCAAAAUCAUUAUCUUCGCAAUGGAUCACAUCUAUUGAAGAGUUAAAAAUCUUACAAGGGGGACAAGGUUUAUUGAGAGCCCUUGAUGAUUAUUCUCUCAGCUCUCUAAAACAUCUGACAAUUCAAAGGUGUUACAAUUUGCAAUGUUUGCCGAGAAUGACAGUGAACUGCCACUGUCUCCAAGAGUUGUUUCUCUUUGGUGCCCCAUCAAUCAUGUUCUUCCCAACUGACAGUCUACCCACUUCUUUACAACGACUUCUAAUUCAAGACUGUGAGAAAUUAGAGUUCAUGCCUCAGGAAUCUUGGCGAAGCCAAACAUCAAUUGAAGAAUUGAUAAUUGAUAAUAGCUGUCAUUCCUUGAUAUCCUUUCCAUUAGAUUGUUUUCCCAGGCUUAAAAAACUUGUAGUUUUUCAAUGUCAUAAUUUGGAGACCUUUACAAAUGUUGGGAGGUCCGAUCUUUCCUUAGAAAAGUUAGCGGUCCACCAUUGUCAAAAACUUGGAUCAAUGUCAGAAGUACAUGUUAAUUCCCUUGCCAGCCUUCAAUUCUUUUCUCUUGAAUGGCUUCCAAAUUUGGAAUCAUUACCUCAAUGUGGCUUGCCUUCUAACUUGCGAUAUUUGAUCAUUCCUGGCUGCAAUGGACUAUCUCCAAUACCUUUUGAAAAUUGGGGCUUUCAUCGUCUGACUUCUUUGUCUCAGUUUGAGGUUGAAGGUAGUGGAAUUGAAAAUAUUCUCCAGAAUUUACUGAAGAAUCAAAUGAUGCCCACUUCUCUUGUGCGUAUGGUCAUCUCUGAUGUCCACAAUCUUGAAUUGUUAGAUGGAAAAGGGCUUCACCGCCUUACUUCUCUAAAGAGGCUCUCCAUUUAUGGCUGUCCAAAGCUUGAAUCCUUGCCAGAAGAUUGCCUGCCAUCCUCUCUUUUGUUUCUGAAUAUUUGGAGCUGUCCUAAAUUAGAAGCAAGAUACCAUUUUCAAGGAGGCAGACACUUGUCCAAGAUCACUCAUAUUCCCACCAUAAUAAUUAAUGGCGAAUACCAUGAUCCUUGGUACAUUCCAUCUAAAGGUUUGAGGAGAUGACAAAGCAGUAUAAUUAUGCUUUAAAUAAAAGGGAGAGAGAUAUGAUAUGCAAAGAAGUCAGGCAAAAGCUAACCCAGUUGUUGAGGUUAGACAAUAUAAAAGGAGCUCAGGAAGAAUUUCCUCCUCUUCAUUUAAGCCAUUUCCAUCCUUGGAGAUUCUUACGUUCGGAAAUAUGCCUAAUUAUUUGAAGGUCAAUAAUU